UCAAAAUUCCCUUGCCUUAGUUGGAAAUGGCUGUGCGAUCAUUCUCCCAUCAUCCCACGCAGGUUUAUGUGGUUAUCAUGUAAUUAGAAACGGCAGCUACACUGUAUACAUAAGUGGACCUCAAGCUUUCGGAGCUAACACAGAAGAUAGAAAAUGCCAAGUUUUCUGCCAAGUUACAUGGCGCAAGACAACACUUCCUGGUUGCUCCUUAUCUUACCCAUCUUCCUCAUUCUACUAUUCAAAUGGUAUUCCAAGUCUGCAAUCAGCAAAAGCUCACUCCCUUCUCCACCAAAAUUGCCAGUGAUAGGAAAUCUCCAUCAACUAGGUUUGUACCCUCCCCGUACCCUCCAUUCUCUGGCUCAGAAGUAUGGCCCCUUGAUGCUUCUUCAUCCUGGGAGAAAAGCAGUACUUGUAGUCUCUUCUGCAGAAGCUGCUCGCGAGGUGAUGAAAACCCAUGAUCUUGUAUUUUCAAACAGGCCUAAGCUUAAAAUGUUUGAUAUGCUAUUAUAUGGCAAGGACGUUGCAUCAGCUCCAUGUGGAGAAUACUGGAGGCAGUUAAGAAGCAUCUGCGUGUUGCCUCUUCUGAGUAACAAAAUGGUUCAAUCCCUUCGCGGUGUGAGAGAGGAAGAAACUUCCAUAAUGAUGGAAAAGAUCAAGCACGCUUGUUCUGCUAACAGAUCAGUGAACUUGAGCGAGUUAUUUUCAUCGAUUGCGAACGAUGUGGUUUGCAGGGCGGCUUUAGGCAGGAAAUAUGGCGAGGGGAGUGGGAGAAAAUUUAUGGAGUUACUAGACAACUUUGGAGAGCUAAUGGGUUCUUUUGUGUUAGGGGACUAUACACCUUGGCUUGAUUGGCUUGGUCAUGUGAAUGGCUUUUACGCUAGAACACAUGCAGUGGCUGAAGAGUUUGAUCGAUUUCUGGAGGAAGUAGUUGAGGAGCACAUGAAUCGUCCAAAAGAAGCCUAUGAUUCUACUGAAGGCGAUGAUGAUUUUGUGGACCUUUUGCUUUCGCUCCAAAGGACAAACUCUAUUGGCUUUCCCAUUGACAGAUCUGCCAUAAAGGCUGUGAUCUUGGACAUGUUUGCUGCGGGCACAGAUACCACAUACACAGUCUUAGAAUGGACGAUGGCAGAAUUGUUAAGACAUCCAAAUGUUAUGAAAAAGCUACAAGACGAGGUUAGAAAUGUAAAAGGAGACAAAUCACACACACUAACAGAGGAGGAUAUAGAUCACAUGCCUUACCUAAGGGCAGUGUUAAAAGAAACACUUCGAUUACACCCUCCAAUUCCUUUACUAGUCCCUCGAGAAAGCAUGCAAGAAAUAAAACUACUUGGUCAUCACAUUGGUGCUAAGACGCAUGUAAUUGUGAAUGCUUGGGCAAUAGCAAGAGAUCCUGUGCAUUGGGACAAUCCUCAAGAAUUCAAGCCGGAGAGGUUCUUGAACAGCUCAAUAGAUUAUAAAGGACUUGAUUUUCAAUUGAUCCCAUUUGGAGCAGGAAGAAGGGGGUGUCCUGGAACACAACUUGCGAUGGCCUUGAACGAGCUUGUGAUAGCAAACGUUUUGUACCGUUUUGAUUGGUCUUUGCCAAAAGGAGAACAGGGGAAGGACUUGGACAUGUGUGAAACAGUUGGGCUUACUGCGCAUAAAAAGAUGCCUCUUCUGGGAAUUGCGUUGCCGCGCAACAAGUGAACGCCACAAGAAUCGUACGUCCUCCUAAAGAAGCCUUUGAUACUACAAAUGGUGGUGAUGAUUUUGUGAUGUGAUGCUUCUUGUUAGGAAAUAAAAUUUGUAUGUGGAAAUAAAAUAUACUACCUUCCUUCCUAUUUAUAAGACCUUAUAAAUAAGGUUUCAUAAUUAAGACAUGAGGUAGUAAUUUCUUGUGUUAGAGAUGAACAUAUAAAAAGUGAUUUGACGGAGAGUGGCAAAUUCUAAACUGGUAUCAUGUGACUUUUGUAACAUGUGAAGUAAAAC